AUGCCUGAGAUCGCCGAAGUCGCGCGCAUUGUCCACUUUCUUCGUCUUCACGUUGUGGGGAAACGCAUUGUAUCCGCUUCAGCUAUAGACGACAAGAAUGUCUUUGGCAAGGUUGGUACAAGUGGCGAAGAGGUUGAGGCCGCUCUCAAGGGGAAGCAGAUCGUUUCCGCAGGAAGUCAGGGCAAAUACUUCUGGAUCACUUUGGAUAAACCCCCGCACUUGGUGAUGCACUUUGGGAUGACGGGGUGGAUGCACAUCAAGGAUGAGAAGACGGCCUACACAAACUACUACAAGAAGAUGAAGGACAGCGAGCUCGAGCAGUGGCCGCCCAAGUUCUGGAAGUUCCAGUUCAAGACCGAGGGCUCCCCUGGCGUUGAGGUCGCCUUCACAGAUGCCCGUCGAUUUGGUCGUGUGCGGCUGGUUGACUGCCCGGGCGAUCAGAUCAGAAAACACUCUCCCCUCGUUGAGAACGGCCCUGACCCGGUCGUGGACCUCGAUCGCUUCACCGAGGACUACCUCCGAGGUAAGAUGCGCGCACGCCACGUCCCCAUCAAAGCCCUCCUCCUGGAUCAAGCCAUGAUCAGCGGCAUCGGAAACUGGGUCGCGGACGAGACCCUCUACCAAGCCAAGCUUCACCCCGAGCAGUACUGCGACGAGUUUGAUGACUCGCAGGUCACUACGCUCUACAAAAUGAUUCGCUACGUUUGCCAGACGGCUGUCGACAAGCUCGGCGAUUCAGACGAAUUCCCCGAGCACUGGCUCUUCAACUACCGAUGGGGCAAGGGGUCCAAGGGCACUGCGACCAAGCUGCCCAACGGAGAGAAGCUCGCCUUCAUCACUGUCGGCGGGCGAACCAGCUGCUACGCGCCUGGUGUCCAGAAGAAGACGGGCCGCACCCCCGCUGGCAUCAAGGAGGAGCCUGUUGACGCAAGCCCGUACUUUGAGGAGCCCAAGAAGUCACGAAAGAAGCCGGCGGACUCCGACAAGGAGGUGCGCGCACCACCCAUGAAAAGGAAGCGUGUCGAGGCGGUGAAGAGUGAACAGAACGGGAGUGUAGCAAAGGCGGAGGAUGGGGCAGACGAGGCACAGCCCGACCUUCGCAGGAGGUCUGCUCGGCUGCGGAAGUAG